AUGUUGUUAAUUAAUAAAAAUCAAAUAACGGAAAUAGACAGAUACUCUAUAGAAUCUGAAGAGCCAUUAUUGACUAGUCAUGAAGAUCGUCAAUUUAAUAUUAAUAACAACAUACAAAUUGCCGAAGGAGUAGUUGAUGUUAAAGGUUCAAGCUUUGCUGCUUAUAUACACGCUACUUGUGUAGUAGCAGGGACAGGAAUCUUAGGAUUGCCAUAUGCUCUUAAGCAAGGAGGAGAAUCACGUCUCGACACGUAUCAAGACAUUGGCUAUCAUGCAUAUGGUAAAUUUGGUAAAUACAUAUUAGUGGGUAUAUUCAACAAUGUGAUACUAGUCGGCGUUCCUAUUUUAUAUUUUAUACUGGCUGCUCAAAAUUUCGAUGCUUUAAGUGACAAUUUGGGGCUUCAUUUGGGAUUUCGAGUAUGGACAUUUGUCCUUUCAUUUCAAGAUCUUUCUGAUGUUCGCAAUUUACCGGAUCCACCUUCUCACGACUUUAUUGCAUUUUCUCAAUUUCCAAUUGCUUUGGCUACAAUUUCUUUUUCCUUUGGCGGUAAUAAUGUUUUCCCACACAUUGAAGAAAACAUGGAAAAACCAAAAAACUGGAAUAAAGUGGCUAUUGCUACCAUGAGUACAUGUGCUCUAAUGUAUAGUUUAGUUGCAUUUUCAGGAUAUUAUGUAUAUGGAGAUCUUACUACAAGGUUGCCAUUGGAAUUAGCAUUAAUUUUUAUCACUAUCCAUGUACUUUUAACUGCGCCAAUUAUCAUGACUUCGUUUGCAUAUGAUACCGAGAAAUCCUUAAAGAUCACAACAGAAUAUCAUUCACCUUUGAUGGAAUUCUUUCUUCGAGCAGGAUUUCGUACAUGUCAUCUUAUUAUUUCCGUGAUAAUUGCGAUACUAGUUCCUUUUUUUGGCGAUUUUAUGUCAUUGCUAGGCGCAUUCGCAAACUGUUUAUUAGUAUUUGUAUUACCCGUAGUAUUUUAUGUUAGAUUGUUUGGGUGGAAUAGUAUGACUAUUUGGGAAAUGAUUUUAAAUUUAUUUGUGAUACUGGUGGGUUUAAUUGGUUGUGUUGUGGGUACUGUGGACGCCAUUUCUUCUUUGCUAAAAGAUUUUAAUGAAAAUUAA